ACCCGCUGCCCGAGAGGAGGUUUUGAACUUUAAGUAAACCAUCCAUCUUAUAUCAACAAUGGCCGAGGAAGGGUGAGCAUGACUCUUAUAUUUGCCGCUAGCUCGCACAGUGUUACCCGGGUAUCCUAAUAAAUAAAACGGCCCGUGUAUAAAGUGGUGGUGUAAUUUUAGCAGUUAUUCUGGGUACUUGCUUCUCACAAUGACUUGUGGUGAUUCGGUGCAGUCUGUUAUUUUCCAUGAGCUAACUGGCUUAGCCGAGUUGCAGGGUAUAGGGGUUAGGGCCACUUGAUAAAUGCGUAUGUAGUAUAGCAAUCAAGUGUAGAGAUGGUUAAAAACUUGUGGGAUGGUUGAGCGUUCGUGAGCUUGCUCUGCUCUAGCUAAACACACUCAAACCCAUUGAAUGUGUCAUUUCACUGGGUAAGUCGGUAGCUGUCAUAACGUUAAGUUACAAUGUUAUUAUUAAAACUGUACCAAUCUUCACUGGUCCCCACUUUAAGCACUAAUAGGAAUUUAAAAGUACCAUAACAGAGCUCAAAAGCAGUGCAAGUAAAUAGCAAAUGUUAUUAAAACAAGAAAAUGUAAAAUUUCUUCAUCAGGAAGACAACUCAUGUAUUAAAUUUAAAAAAAACACACUACACAUAAGACACAAGCAAAUUGAUGAAAUCAUUAACCGUACACAUCUGGGUAAUGUGAACCAGAUUUCCAUUUUAGAUUAUGGUACCUGUUUACCUGCUAAAUUUCUGCAGGACAAUUUUAGUGACUUUGUCUUAACUUUAGCUGUUUUUUCUUAAUGCAGAAUGGAUUUCUGGACAGCGUCCCAGGAUACAGAGAAAAUCCCAAUACAUAACAGGAUAGGAGCCAAACCGAUUUGUUUAAUUUUAUUUUUUUAAUAAACACUCUAUCUUGACUUUACGAUUAGAAGCACCACAAGGUGAUGCAUGUAAUCUGUCGACCUCCAUUUUGUGGAGGAGAUGAGGUUACUAAACAUUUAACAAAUACCAAACAUGUAAACACAUUGCUUUGAAUGUCCUGGCUUACAAGAUGUCAUGUACAGUUUUCACUGUAGCGUUACUUGCAGGCGUAAACCACAAAUUAAACUUCAUCUGGAAGCAAGAACGAUUGUUUUUCCUCAAGUGCCCCUCUUGUUGUCCAGAGCAAUGCUAGAUUUGAUACCCCACUGGUAUUCAAGGGUCAACUGUCCUAAGGCAUACAACUUAAUUUAAAACGUGCCAUCUUUAAAUGAGCUCUCUGGUGCUUGGAUGAUGACUUUACAUUCUUUUGUCGGAUACCCCUUCACUCAACAAUGAGUGAGAUCCUCAUUCUGACAUGCUGGAAGCUCUACUGGAAUCCACAAAUUUUUCAUGCCCAUUUUGGUAAAAAUGUAACUUUUUUUUUUUUUUUUCUUGUCCUUUUCAUUUUUGAUAGCAUUGCUGCCGGAGGUGUCAUGGAUGUCAACACUGCUCUCCCUGAAGUACUCAAGACCUCCUUGAUCCACGAUGGCCUCGCCCGUGGUAUCCGUGAGGCCACCAAGGCCCUGGACAAGCGUCAGGCCCAUCUCUGUGCUCUUGCAGCCAACUGCGAUGAGCCCAUGUACGUCAAGCUGGUGGAGGCCCUCUGCGCUGAGCAUCAGAUCAACCUGAUAAAGGUUGAUGACAACAAGAAGCUCGGUGAGUGGGUUGGUCUGUGCAAGAUCGACCGUGAGGGCAAACCCCGCAAGGUGGUGGGCUGCAGCUGUGUCGUCGUCAAGGACUAUGGCAAGGAGUCUCAAGCCAAGGAUGUGAUUGAGGAAUACUUCAAAGCCAAGAAAUGAGAUGUGAAUAAAAAGUGGAAAUGAA